AUUUAAAAGUCAACAGAGUCGCAUCGCAAGCAUAGAGUAAGAAAUGUAUAGAGGCACCAUUUGCUCUGCCGCUCUCUCGAGUGACUUUUCCAGUGAUGCCACCUAGACUAAAACAGGGGAAAUUUUCAGUCUCUCACGGUUCGAUUCGAACUUGUAAUUCGGUCCCGCGGUGAGUUUCUGCAUCUGAACUGCUCGCUCCCAUUGCCAAGGGCUGGUGCGAGCAGUGCAGUUGCAAAUUCACCAUGGGACCGAAUUGCAAGUUCGAUCCAAAAACUGAAAAGUGGGGUGGGAAAUCAAGGUUAGCUUCGAACAUGGCUCUCAGCAGAGCUUGGGCAGAGGUCCGGCAGAGCAAAUGGUGCCUCUAUACAUUUCUUACUCUAUGUCGCAAGUCAGCCUUAAAGGCAGAACUUAAAAAAAGAAAAGGAAUAAAGAAAAGGAAGACCUUUGCAAGACACACAAGUUCAUUCAACCUAACCAAAAGAAAGAAAUAUUUUAACCCUGUCGAAAAUCUAACCUAAAAAGUCAAAGUCAAAAUGGCGCUAUCCACACUUCUUUCGCUGGUGGACGAACUCCAGGAGUCACGCACCCCCAUCUACGAAUUUGGAUUGGGAAUGCAUCCGCAGUCCAGCUUGCUCCUGCCGCAUGGACAUCAACAUCGCCGCUCGAUCAACGGGUGUCCUUGCGCCUCGCCCAUUUGCCCUUCGUCGCCCGCCGGCCAGGUGAUGGCCCUGCGUCGCGAGAUGUCCAAGCACAACGACAUACACUGGCCAGCCACCGCCCAUGUGGGCAAGGAUGGCUUCCAGGUGUGCAUGGACGUGGCCCAGUUCAAGCCGAGUGAACUUAACGUCAAGGUGGUGGACGACUCGAUUCUGGUCGAGGGCAAGCACGAGGAGCGCCAGGAUGACCAUGGCCAUAUCAUGCGCCACUUUGUCCGGCGCUACAAGGUUCCCGAGGGCUACAAGCCGGACCAGGUGGUCUCCCAGCUCUCCUCCGAUGGCGUCCUGACCGUCAGCAUUCCCAAACCGCAGGCCAUCGAAGAUAAGUCCAAGGAGCGGGUCAUUCAGAUCCAGCAAGUGGGUCCCGCUCAUCUCAAUGUAAAGUCGAAUGACAGCGAGACGAAGGGCAAGGAAAAUGGAGCCGCCAAGGAGAACGGAGCAGCCAAGAAAUAGAGGAACCUUUGCCAGGAUCAUCUUAGCAUUGUACUCUCCAAGUCACCCAUCAUUCCCCCACAUAUAUGUAUGUUCCUUAUUUAUUGCAUUGCAUUUGUAACGAGCUAAAGACUUGAAGAAAACUUAUUAAACCAUUUGUACACCUGGUGUGAAAAAUUUAAA